GACAAAAAGUGGGACGUUCCCGGAAAAAUUGCAAACCGGAAGGGAAGGCCGGAGCCCAAGAAGAAGAAGAAGACAGCCGCCGAUGAGACCAGCGAAGGAAGAAAAAGUAUUAAGCUGGCUGACCUCAUACAAAGCUGCCAACUGAAGAAAGAUUGGGCAACUUUUCAUACAUGCACGCUCGGCUGGACUCCCACUGGUGAGGUCUCCUCUUCCUUUGGAUCAUCUACCUGCUCUGAAUAAAUCUACCCCAGUCUGGCUCACCCAGCCCUCACCUGCCCCGCACCAAGCCCUGAACCUCAAAGUCAACCAGACUUCCUCCCUCUCCUUCCAUCUUCUUCUUCUUCUUUCUCCCAGUCUCCAACACUGAGCUAUGGCAGGGCGAGGCGGACCAGCACGGACCAACGGCACUGCGGCGAGCAACAAGAUCUGCCAGUUUAAGCUUGUGCUAUUGGGGGAGUCGGCGGUGGGGAAAUCCAGCUUGGUGCUGCGUUUUGUCAAAGGCCAGUUCCACGAGUACCAGGAGAGCACCAUCGGAGCUGCCUUCCUCACACAGACGGUAUGUUUGGAUGACACAACAGUCAAGUUUGAGAUCUGGGACACUGCGGGACAGGAACGGUAUCACAGCUUGGCACCCAUGUACUACAGGGGGGCCCAGGCAGCCAUCGUGGUCUACGACAUCACUAACACAGAUACAUUCACACGUGCAAAGAACUGGGUGAAAGAGCUCCAGCGACAAGCCAGCCCAAACAUCGUCAUUGCACUGGCAGGAAACAAAGCAGACUUGUCCAACAAGAGAGCCGUAGACUUCCAGGAAGCACAAGCAUAUGCAGAUGACAACAGUUUGCUCUUCAUGGAGACUUCAGCCAAGACUGCUAUGAAUGUCAAUGAGAUUUUUAUGGCUAUAGCCAAGAAGCUUCCUAAGAACGAGCCUCAGGGUGGAGCAGGCACCAGUGGACGAGCCCGUGUUGGUGUGGACCUGCAGGAAGCUGCACCACAGGGCAGGAGUGGUCAGUGCUGUGGGGGCGGGAACUAACUAACUAACUAACACAUCAUCGAGUCAGCUGAUCCAACCAAUCUACAGCUUCGAUCAACCAGACCAGAUAUUAGCCAGCUGUCAAACAACGUCCCAUCGGUCAAACCAAACCAUGGCAGGACCAACAAUCCGACAAGCACCAAUAGACUGUUUGGCAAUCGAGUCCUCUGGCCAGAGAACCGCCAGAGCCCCACUGACGGUUCAAGAUUAUGAACCAACAGACCAAGAAAUCACAGAAUCAUGUUUUAACCCCAGGAAACGCCAAUCCAUGACCUCUUUAAUGAUGAUGGACACUUGACAUCACCUUAGGGGAGAAAAAAAAAAGUCCCAUUCAUGGAAGAAGAAAAAAGUAUAUAAUUCAUUAUAAAUGGCACUUGAUAUGGCCAUCCUUUCAUAUUUUGUUUCUGUGCUUGUAUAAAGGAAAAAAAAUAACAUGACAAGGAAUUAAAACGGGCUGAUUGGUCCUGUUCUGUCUCUUCUCCUCCCUGCUUCCCUCAUGCACCUGAAAUUACAAAAUAGUCUCCAUCAUGGUCUCCUGACUUCAAAGUUCAGUCCAGGUGCAUGCAGCAGUCCUUCACUUUUCUGUCUGGUUCCUGGUCAGCGUCCUGGGAGACGAGAGGAGAGAAGGUUCCUAACAGCAGAGCGGGGGUUGGCAGAUAUUUGCUUAUCUAUAGAGCUGUGUAGAUUGAAUUAUUACAUUGUUAUUGUUAUCACUAUUAUUAUUACUUCAACUUCUUUUGACACCGGCUGUUCAGUAUGAUUUCAAAGCCUCAACUCUAAGGUUUUACAAUCAUCCAUCUAUGUUAUCAAACCAUAUACAGUAAAUAGUACUUUAUUAACAUCGUCACCCAUGGGUAAUUUUAGCAUUAAUAUAAUGUUUUCAAAUCAUCAUUGUACAAUGACAAAAUACAAAAAGCAAGAUUUGUUUCCUUGACCAAAAUCACGACUGUGUAUUGACAACAUUGCUGUAUUUGUAUCAGACUUUUCAAGUUUAUAAUCAAUUAGUAGUUACUGUCUAAAUAUCUUCCCAAUCUCUACAUGAUGUUUUGUUAACCUUAAUUAUUACGUGAUGGAUUUUUUUUUUAUGUCUUAAUUUUUUUUUCUGAAGAUCUAUGGUAUUAAAUGCACUGGUUCUGUCUCAUCAUCUUUGUGAAUUGAAAUGUUAUCGUCAGCUUCCUUUUGUCUUUUUCUUCUCUCUGUUUUUACUCUUCAUAUCAGGGAGGGAUUUCUUUCAACAGUGUUGUCAUCCUGUUAUGGCAUCAACAACUAGCACAACAGUACCUGCACAGCAAGUGGGGGAAUAAUGGGAGGUGUGGGUUAUGGGUUAGAGAAGGAAUAAUGUAAUUUUACCAAUAAACAAGGGGAAGAUACCUCU